AUGGGCUCCAUCCCUCUCCCAGAUCUCUCCCACCUAUCCCCCUCCGCCCUACCCACCCCCCACGAUCCCCCCUCCACCGCAAAGAUCGUCUCAGCCCUCUCCCUCCACGCUCACUACGAAGGCGGCUUCUACAUAGAGACAGACCGCGCCCCAACCUCGAUCCCCUCCCCGUUCCCAGCAACGCCCGCCUCAGCCUCGAACGGGGCAGCACCCUCGACCAACGAUCCGGACUGCCCUCCACUGACGACCGAGCAGCAGAGGCGGGCCCUCUCGUCCGCAAUAUUCUACUACCUCACCCCAACUUCGCCGAUAGGCCACUUCCACCGGAACCGCUCCCGCAUAACGCACUCCCUGCACCGCGGCCGCGGCCGCUACGUCGUCCUCCAGCCGGACGGCGUAAUCGAGAGUUUUGUCGUGGGCGGCAACGUCGCUGCAGGCGAGAGGUUACAGUGGACCGUCGAGGGGGGCGCUUAUAAGGCGAGCUUCGUGUUGCCGGACGAAGACGAGGGCGCAUCGUCGUCGUCGGUGGCGUCUUCGAGUGAGGGAUUGCUGAUUACCGAGGUCGCUGUACCGGGGUGGGAACCUUGCGAUCAGGAUUUUUUAACGCAGGAAAAGUUGUCUGAGUUGGUGGGUGAGGAUAAGGCGAAGGGGCUGGAAUGGUUGAUCAAGAAGGAGUAA